CAUAGCGUUCUCAUAAACAGUCUUUAGUUACUAGAAAAAUCUAGAGUCUUUGUCCUACCAGUAGCAUCUCAAAGUUGAACAACACAUUGUGGCUUUUCCCAGGUGUCCUUGAAUGAAUGAACUCAGCAUCCAACCUUGAUGAUUAGAUCCGUGCAGGUUUAACAAUCUUUCUCCAUUGGUUUUACUACCAGCAGCACGAACUUGGGUAGGAGCAGUGUAUGCACUUCACGAACAAAGAACCUCUGCGUGCUGAUAAUCAGACACACCUGCCGCUAUCAGACAUGAGCAUGACAUGGCACUGGCCAAUCAGCUUCCUUGUUGCUUCCAUGUUUGCACUAUGUGUUCACAACCAAUAGGUUUUUUUUUUUUGUUUUUUUUUUAAUCUCAAGGUUAAAUUCAUUUUAUCAGAUAGAUCUUUCCUUACUUUAAUAAUGAUGAAUAUAUAUUUUCACUCAAUUCCAAAAUGAACUUAACAAUAAUUCUUUAUUUUCUGUAAUAAAAUGCACUAUAUCUGCAGUGUUGGUUGUAGAAAUUUGAACACAGAUCAGAGUGUAUUGUUUGUAGGCUGCUCGCUCUCACAUGUGUGUGUUAUGUACAUGACCUAAUGGUCUUAUAAUAAAUUGUAGCUGAGAGAUUGCGGAGUGCAGAAAGACGUCCCUGCUCCUGUAAAUGUGCUGAUGUGGUGUCCUGUCCUCUGAUUUCUGUGUGUGAGAGAAACACACUGACAUUUCUGUUACAUGUUAAACUUUAGCUGUAUUAUGGCUGUGUUUGUGUGUUUGAGAUCAGUGCUGUGAUAUUUCAUCAUUUCUCUUCCAGGCUGUGUGGGUGUAAUCUGACAGAGGAAAGCUGUAGAGUUCUGUCCUCAGUUCUCAGCUCAAACUCCUCCAGUCUGAGAGAACUGGACCUGAGUAACAAUAAACUGCAGGAUUCGGGAGUGAAGCUGCUCUCUGCUGGACUGGAGAAUCCACACUGUACACUGGAGACACUAAGGAUGCGUUACUGCAGUAUUACAACUGAAGGUUGUGCUGCUCUGGCUUCAGCUCUGAGGUCAAACUCCUCAUCACACCUGACAGAACUGAAUCUAAAUGGUAAUAAUCCAGGAGAAUCAGGAGUGAAGCUGCUCUCUGAUCUACUGAAGGAUCCACACUGUAAACUGGAGACACUACAUCUGCGUGUGUGUAAUCUGACAGAGGAAAGCUGUAGAGUUCUGUCCUCAGUUCUCAGCUCAAACUCCUCCAGUCUGAGAGAACUGGACCUGAGUAACAAUAAUCUGCAGGAUUCAGGAGUGAAGCUGCUCUCUGCUGGACUGGAGAAUCCACACUGUACACUGGAGACACUAAGGAUGUGGGGCUGCAGUAUUACAGAUGAAGGUUGUGCUGCUUUGUCUUCAGCCCUGAGGUCAAACUCCUCAUCACACCUGAAAGAACUGGAUCUGAACUGUAAUAAUCCAGGAGAAUCAGGAGUGAAGCUGCUCUCUGAUCUACUGAAGGAUCCACAUUGUAAACUGGAGACACUACACAUUAAGGAUUAUAAACUCACCAGAAUGGAUGUGUAAGAGAUCUAAUCACAAAUGCUCCUGACAGAGACUACUUUAUUGUUGGCUUAGAUCAGGAAAAAAAGCAUUUGAUUUUAUCUCAAGAGAAUAUCUAUGGAAUUUUGUUUUCCUGAUAGUGAAACAACGCUGCAGCUCUUCUACAGAAAAUAUUCAAGAGAACAAGGAGGAUGAACCGACACACACAAACAAAUAAAGAUAUCUGCUUAUGCAGAUGAUAGAACCGUUUUUAUAAAGAACCAAAAGGAACUUGAUAUAAUAAAUAAACAUUUUAAAAAUGAUGAAAAAAUCUCUGGGUUCAAAUGAAAGCUGAAUAAAACAGAGGCAGUGUGGAUGGACUGCAGCGCUGCUCCGCCUUUACACAUAGAAAGUAAAGAUGAAAGUAAACAUAGAAAGUAAAGAUAAAAUCAAAAUAUUAUAACACACAACGAGUGUCCUGAACACAACUGGCAAAUAAAGGAACAAGAAAUUACAUCUGAAAUUGAAACGUGGAAAGAAUCCAAUUACAAAACCAGAACACAAAUAAUAAACCUUGAUACUAUCCAAGCUUUUAUUUUUAGCCGCUGUUUUUCCACCUGAUGAUAAAAAUAUCAGCGAUUAAACAAAAUGUGAGCUUUAUUUGGGGAAAUAACAGAGAGGUGAUGAAGAGAGAAGUUUUAUUUAAAACUAAAGAACAAGGAGGACUGAAUGCAGCUGAAUUAGGGAAUAAAUGAAAGACAGCAUUUUGUAAGAAUGUGACACAAGAAACUCAGAGUGGAAAUCCUAUAAAACAGAAUAUUGAGUUGAAUCAGAUCAUUUAGCUGUUUCAGUGAGAAUGAAC